AUGCUGUAUUUGAGCGAUGCAAUGAGAUCAUUCAGUGCGCAAGUGUUGGAGCAGAUGUGCGCGGCCUUUGAGGGUAGGCGCGUGGCAGCGCUGUUGGUCUGCAGCGGUGGGCCCAUCGCGACAGCCGUCGUCAGUGCCGCCACACACGCCGGUGUCCCCACCGUUCGCACGUCACCCACACACUUGCAUCUACCCUACACCAUCGCAAAUGACCUGCUGCCUUUGGAAGUUCGACUCGAAAUCACUGUGCGAGAAACUUUGCAUGCGCUCAGGGCUACUCUUCUACACACACAUUGGCAUAGCUUCACCUUACUCACGGAGCAGGAUAUUUACUUAGCCCUAUCCCUAAGGAGAGAUCUGUCUUCGAUCCUGAACACUCAACCGCUUAGUCCAAAAUGGCUUCCGCUUCCACCGAGCCGGUCUCGUCGUAUUGUUUUCAGGCGCCUGGCUGAUAUAUCAAGGCUGACUCGAGGUGUCGUCGUUAUGAUAUGUGAUGUGAAAUAUGCCAAGCUUGUUAUGAAGGAAGCUAAACGGCUCAAUAUGCUUGAUGGACACUUCUUCUGGCUCUGGAUAGACGCAUCUAGAGAGUUCGAUGUAUUCCAUAUUGCCAAUAGAACAGAUGAGGAGCGAACCGAGUUUCACUCUGAUUCAGAAUUGGAUGAAGCAGUUGACUUCGAUAGCUUUGAACGCAUCAAGAAAGACAAUGCUGACAAUAAUCCUAUAAAAGAAACGAAAAUUGUCAAUACGCUAUUGAAGAAAAUUUCAAGGGAAACGCUCACGAAAGACGGUGUUUACGUAAUGAAUAGCUCUAGAAACUCCUUUGUUCGUCGUAUUAUUAGAAACAUAAAUAAGACAGAAACGCACAUUAAUAAUAGUAAUAAAACAUUGUAUGUAAAUUUUAGUCAAUCUUACGAGAGUAGCAAUAUUAGUUCGGAGAGUGUAAGGAAAUAUAAUGUACAUAACAAAGGCGUUGAAACUUCUAAAAUUGAAAAGGAUUCUGUCGAGAGGACGAUGUCCUUCCUCGAUCGAAAUAAAAGUAGGCAAACUAGUUCUAGUAAAUUAAAAAAUGAAUCAUUCAAUAAAUAUGUAAAUAGUAUAAGUGUACGUGGUCUGUAUGAGAGUAACGAUGUUAUAAAGGCAGAUAGCAGAGAGGAUCUUAUAAAUAGAUUAUCGUUUUCAAGUGAUAUUAGUGAAUUCAUAAUGAAUCCCACGGUGCAUACUUCUACAAUGAGUAAUGUUAGAAAUAUGGCUAAGAAGAGAAAUGAUCCUUUAGUGGAGGAUCAGAUUAUGGACGAACCAAUCGGAUUAAAAGACAACGUGACGCAUACUUUGAAUAGCUUACCUGUAGGAUUGUUGGCGCUACAUCCGGAACCAAUGAAUAUUGAUAAAGUGUUUGUACGCGCUACAGUACGCUUGGUGGUCGGAGCUUUGCGCAGGGUCUUACUUGCUUGUGAUGCCUGGUCUGCACAAGCUCAAUUUUUAAGUGACGCGACUGCAUCGUGUUGGGAGGAACCUAGCGAUGCUGCAUCAGGAUUCUCACUGGAAUUAGUAAGAGAAAUGCGGAUCGCUACGGCGUCAGCCCUCGCUGGUGUCACGGAGCGACCUGAACGCUCUUUAAUGGCUCAGUUCUCAUUUUUGAACCUAGUGCCUAAUAUAGAAGGCAAUAUGUGGAGGAGAGUUGGUCACAUCACCGGCCGGACAGUUAAACUUCACACCAUCGUUUGGCCUGGCGGACGGCUGGUCGCUCAAGGUCAAUCUACUGGUGCUCGCACGGUAUUUCGUGUUGUUACAGCAUUGGCUCCACCUUUUGUAAUGGAAGGGGAAUUAGAUGAAGAUGGCCAAUGUUUAAGAGGUCUCCCCUGCCACCGUCCACAAACAUCUGACCGAGACAACCUCACUCUGGCAUUCGUUCCCGGCAGAGAAAGUGAACCGAGAGAAGAUUUCUUUUUACCCACCUCAAAGCCAAAUACAGUAAUGAAAAUGGCUACACAUUGUUGUUAUGGGUUUGCCAUGGACUUAUUAGAAAAUAUCGCUCAAGAACUAGAAUUCGAUUUUCACCUAUACAUAGUAGAAGACGGUCUCUACGGCUCAAGGAGAUUUUUGAGGCCGUUUCAAAAGCUACACGAAAACGUGAAUAUCGUCAACGAAUACGUGGCUAACGGUGAGAAUUAUCGCUCGCAGUACAGAAAGGGAUACGAAAGGUUGGAUAAUGACAUGUUGGAUAAAUUCGACGAAGAUUCAGCUGAAGAUCGCGAGAAAUGGGACGGUGUUAUCGGGGAUUUGGUAUCUGGCGCUGCUCACAUGUCAUUCGCGGCUCUGAGCGUUUCGUCCGCCCGGGCUGAAGUAGUCGACUUCAGUCAGCCAUAUUUUUUCAGCGGAAUCUCAAUACUGGCUGCACCGAAUCAACGGGCGGAUAUACCGUUACUCGCAUUUUUAUUGCCCUUUUCGCCGGAGUUAUGGGUCGCAAUCUUUACGUCCCUGAAUAUUACAGCUAUCGCAGUUGCGAUAUAUGAAUGGCUGUCACCGUUCGGCUUGAACCCUUGGGGGCGGCAGCGAUCGAAGAAUUUUAGCAUUUCAAGCGCUUUGUGGGUCAUGUGGGGUCUGCUGUGUGGUCAUUUGGUGGCGUUUAAAGCACCAAAGAGUUGGCCGAAUAAAUUCCUCAUCAAUGUCUGGGGUGGGUUCUCUGUUAUAUUUGUCGCUAGUUAUACAGCCAACAUAGCUGCUCUGAUAGCGGGAUUGUUUUUUCAUAACGCUGUGGACGAAUUUCAAGGAAGAAGUAACUGGCUGACGCUGAGAGUCGGUGCCCCAAGGUCAUCAGCAGCAGAAUAUUAUGUACAAAGGAAUAAUCCUGAAUUAGCGCAGCAGAUGCGUCGUUAUGGUUUACAAGACAUCGAAGAAGGAAUUGAGAGGUUAAGAAACGGCACUUUGGACCUUCUAAUUGCGGACACUCCAGUCCUAGAUUAUUAUCGAGCCACAGACCAUGGAUGCAAACUCCAGCGAGUUGGAGAUCACUCGCUUACCGAUGAUACUUACGCUAUCGGAAUGGCAAAGGGGUUUCCUUUGAAGGAUAGCAUAUCCGCUGUGAUAGCGAAGUACUCGUCCAACGGUUAUAUGGAUAUCUUAACUGAAAAGUGGUACGGGGCUCUGCCCUGUUUCAAGCUAAGUCCUGAUUACGGAAUUCAACCGAAGCCUCUAGGGGUGGCUGCGGUCGCGGGUGUGUUCAUCCUCUUGGGGGUUGGUAUGAUCGUCGGUUGUUUAAUAUUGAUAUUAGAGCACCUCUUCUACAAGUAUACUCUACCGAUAUUACGUCACCAGCCCAAAGGGACAGUCUGGAGGAGCAGGAAUAUAAUGUUUUUCAGUCAGAAACUGUACAGAUUUAUAAACUGCGUGGAAUUGGUGUCUCCUCAUCACGCCGCUCGGGAGCUCGUGAACACUAUUCGUCAAGGGCAUUUUACCUCGCUGUUUCAAAAAAGCGUGAAAAGGAAGGAACACGAACAGCGUAGGCGAAGAAAAAGUAAAGCUCAGUUCUUUGAAAUGAUACAAGAAAUAAGAAGAGUCCAACAAGGGAGAGACCAUUCGUUGGAUUCCAUUAAGGAGAACGUCGCAAUCGAAACUUCGGAAGUAUCAGAAGAAAUUACUGAGUCCAAGUUCUUGUCGCCAUCGCCGGAUGUUUCUAGUCGUUCACCACGACAAACCAGGUCGCCCCGACAGCUCCGCUCCCCUCGCAGUCGAAGAAAAAGGUCUACUAGUGGGCUCAACGUUAGGCGAUUCAGUACGGACUCAGUACUUGGGUCAGAUUCAGCGUCAAUAUACGAACGAACCAGUCUCAAUAUAGGCAGAAGAUUAAGCCGUGACGUCAGCUUCCUAACAAACUCCCCACCAGACAUAAACACUAGGUUAAGAACACCCUCCCCAAUGGUCCGUCGAUCCGAAGGUUCCUCUACAAGAUCAUACCAAGAUGUUUCGGAGAAGAAUCAAAAUUACCUUUCAAUAGAUCCACCGAGCCAUCGCGCCAGCAUCGAAAUAAUGGUCUCGCAAGAAAGUGACCUUCCACCUGCCCCGCCGUACCCAAAAGUAUCUCCUAACGGUAAAUCAGAAUUGUCCAUGUUAUCUGAAGACGAGCUGUUGCGACUAUGGCGUAGUUCUGAUAGGGAAGUGAAAGAGGCGUUGCUGGCUGCGCUGCAGGAGAAAAGAACGAAUUUAGAUCCAAAGCUAGAUCCGGGCUGA